AUGGCAUCCACUCUCUCCCUCCGGCCCGACCGACUCUUGCCCGGUUCGAUCUUCCCCAGACCGCCGGUUCGCUUUCUCCUGCCCAAACCAAUAGCGCCCGAACCGUGGCGCGCUGUGCCGCUGCUGCGGAUACAGUGCCGCCGUAGGACGGUGGCGCCGGUCCACGCCGGCUCGCGCGCCGAUGACUCCGCGCCGUUCGAGAUGUCGGUGGAGAACGCGCUGAAGCUGCUGGGCGUGUCGGAGGGCGCGUCCUUCGACGACAUACUCCGCGCCAAAGACGUAAUCCUCGCCAAUUGCAAAGAUGACCAAGAUGCCAUUGCUCAGGUUGAGGCUGCAUAUGACAUGUUGCUUAUGCAGAGCCUAACUCAGCGGAGGGCAGGGAAAGUAGCAAACAGUAGUGUUCGUUAUGCUGAUGUCAAACGUGUUAAGCCCCCAACUGUGGCAUCAAUGCCUCAAUGGUUGAAGAAUUCACCUGUGUCAAUUGAGUCACCUUCCACCAGUGAUCUCGGUUUACAAGCUGGAGUGUACGGUGCAUUGAUGGGUUUAACCUAUCUUAACGGGGCUUCUGCACCUGUUGCAGCUUAUGCUGGGGCUGAUGUUCCUGGACUCCUCUUGGCUGGUAGCUUUGGUGCUUCCCUAUAUUUCAUGACCAAAAAGAAUGUCAAGUUAGGGAAGGCCACUGUCAUAACCAUAGGAGGGCUUGUAGCUGGAGCUGUUGUAGGGUCAGCUGUAGAGAACUGGUUGCAGCUUGUUCAUACCCUAAUGUAG